UGACCCAUGUAUUCCAAGAUGUACUCAGUCUUCAUUCUCACCAUCUUCCUGUCGACGGUUAUGCCAUGUCUGUCGGCCUGGGCACCUCUCUAUCGUACCGCCGACAAAACACCAAACAGCUACAUUGUUGUGCUAAAGAAUGGCAUAAACGUAGAUGACGUGUCCUCCUCUUUUGCUACCAUGGCAACCGCAUCCGGCUCCUCCUUAGAUGUGACACACAAGUAUAGAUCCAUUUUAAAUGGAUUCUCAGUGACCCUGCGCAACGAGGAAAUCUUAUCCUUGAUCCGUUCUCAUGAAGAUGUUCAGUACGUAGAGGAGGAUGGGAUAGCAUAUAUUGACGAGACGACUUGGGGCUUGGAUCGAAUCGAUCAGAGAGAUUUACCUUUGGACGAUUCAUACACGCCUUUCGCUCUGGGAGAAGGUGCACAUGUGUACAUUUUAGACACUGGACUUCGAACUACCCAUGUGGAAUUCGAGGACCGUGGAACAUUUGCUUAUGACGCAACAAAGAGAGACGACGAAGGUAGUGGGACUGACUGUAAUAGCCAUGGAACUCACUGUGCUGGGACCGCCGCAGGAAAAGACUACGGUGUGGCACCAAAGGCCAUGAUUUAUGGCGUUCGGGUCCUCGGAUGUACCGGAUCCGGAUCAUGGUCUGGAAUCAUUGAUGGUAUGGAAUGGGUUGCGACUAACGGCAACCGACCCGCUGUCGCCUCCAUGUCCCUCAGCGGCACAGCGACGGGUACUGUCGUAGACCAAGCCGUAUCCGGUAUGGUUGCCGCUGGUGUGACGUUGACUGUUUCGGCUGGUAACAACGACUAUGACGCUUGUCAACGCAUGCCCGCCAGAUCGAUGGAGGCCAUCACCGUUGGAGCGACGGAGAGCGAUGAUACGAGGGCAUACUUCUCCAACUAUGGCGGAUGCGUCAAUCUUUUUGCCCCAGGGCGGUACAUCGUCAGUGCGGGUAUCAACUCAGAUACAGAGUACACCUCCAAGAGUGGAACCAGCAUGUCAACACCUCAUGUAGCAGGUGCUGCUGCUGUUUUCCUUGGUGAUGAUCCAAGCCGGACACCCCUCACGAUCCGUAACAUGAUUUCUAAUGAAGCAACCAGGGAUAAGGUCACCGACACAAUGGGUACCCCUAACCUACUCCUUCAUGUUCCGCAGCAGUAAACAAAAGGAGUCAGGCUAAAUGAAUAAUGACCGAUACACACAAAAUCAGUAAAUCAGUAAGCAGCAUUGUCAGAUUCAAAUCAGAUUGCGAAAUUUAUCAAAUUCAGUUAUUCUCGUUUUGUGCAAUAAAUUCAAGAAAUCAAUU